AUUGUACCCGUACAAAAAAAAACGUCUUUUACCGGCGAUUAUGUAACAGUGAACUGUAAUCAGAUUUGCCGCAGUAGUUAGGGCUUGACUGCUGAUGGUACGAAAAAUUGACUUUACACCAACCUAUCUGCCGAACUUCAACAAGCGACAAAUUUAUAGAAAACCUAUAUAUCGCUUGAUCGUAAAAAAAAUGUUAACGCUGUUUUUGUGUUUCAUCGGUGCCCUUGCAUUCGUGAUAAUCUGGAACAGUUUGCAGAAACGGAAACAUCUUCCACCGGGACCUGUUUGGGAAUGGCCGAUUCUGGGAAGCGCCAUGGAUUUGGGGCGGUUACCCCAUAUAACGCUGAUGAAAAUGGCGCAGCAAUACGGGCGCGUCUUUCGACUGCACAUGGGAUUGGACUUAGCCGUGGUGCUGAACGACUACGAGAGCAUUAAAAAGGCCUUCAAUCUGGAAGAAUCCACGGGACGUCCACGAGAUACCAUUGCUGAUUAUCUUUUUGGGAGGAACGUCGGUUUAGCCUUUAGCGAAGGUAGUUUGUGGAAGGAGCACCGGCGCUUUGCCUUGUCGGCAUUACGUGAUUUGGGAAUGGGAAAAUCCUGGCUCCAGGAGCAAAUUCUGGAUGAAACGGAACUUCUGAUUCAAGCGCUCACCGCUGCUAAGGAACAGCCGAUUGAUCCGCAUCACCUGGUUACGACAACCGUCUCCAACGUUAUUUGCGCCGCGGCAUUCGGGAAACGCUACGCAUACACCGACGAGCGCUUCCGGUCCAUACUGCGCAACGAACAGGAUUUUAUCCAACAGCUGAACCAAAUGAGCCCGCUUGACCUUUUCCCGGUUCUGCGCUUUGUGCCGCCGUUUCGGGAAGUCUUCCAGAAGCGGCUGGAUGUUGUGCGUACCCGGUAUGCGCAUAUUGCGCAGGCGAUCAGAGAUGCGAAAAUAUCAGGAGUCGAAGACGCCGAUCGCAAGGACUACGUCAACUUGUACCUGCGCGAACAGAAACGGCAGUUCGGACAUGACAGCAUGUCGACUUUUAGCGACGGGCAACUUGUGGAUUCGGUGAUCGAUAUCUUUGGCGGUGGAACCCACACGGCGGUCACAUCCAUCCUUUUCGGAAUGAUUCUGCUGGUGGAAAACCCAGAGGUCUUGAAACGAGUUCAUACUGAAUUGGAUGCAGUGGCUAAACCGAACGAACCGAUUCUACUGGAACAUAAAGGUCACGUGCCCUUCACGGAAGCCACCAUCUUGGAGGUGCAGCGCCUUAUUCCCGUUGUCCCACUGGGCGUUCUUCAUCGGACCACCGCGCCCACGAAUUUAGAUGGCUACGAGCUCCCGCCGAACACUCUUCUCAUGUCCAACAUCUACGCGGUACACCAUGACCCACAAUUGUGGGAUGAACCAGAGGUCUUCAGUCCGUCACGAUUUCUGGACAAUCAAGGGAAGUUCGUCAAGUCACCGCAUGUCAUUCAUUUCUCUCUCGGAAAACGAGCUUGUCCAGGAGAAGGCUUAGCGCUAAUGGAGCUGUUUCUGGUGUUUGCCAAUCUUAUCCACAAAUUCGAUCUGGAGACUCCGGAGGGCUCCACAGUUUCUUCGAAAGACGUAACUGUCAAUAUAACACAAGUUCCAAAUUCGUUUAAGCUUAUUUUUAGACGACGGUUUUAAUAGCAUAACAAAAGAUCGCCAUUCGCGAGCCACAUUGCUCGGUUCAGUACUCGUAGGGUUUUGCUUGCGAUGGUAUUUAAAAAUUAAAAACGGCAUUGACCACUGCAUUUUAGCUCUGGGGCUUGAAGCUACUAAAAUACUGAAGCGGAAGUAACGUUGUCUUUUCGGCUUCCUCUUUUCUGGCCAGCUUGCCACAAGCGUAUAUGUGGUAUGGUUGCAGCUUUGCCGUUAAAUGGCUAUACAAACAAAUUAUUGCUAAUAUUUUCGUCUCACGUGGGAUAAUCAAAG